AUGGCAAAUCCUGAAAAUAAUGAUGCUCCUCCUAUACCUACAGUUAUCACUCGGGCUAUGUUUACCAAAGCUUUCCAUGAAAAGUAUUUCCCAAGGAAUUACCAAAUGAGUCAGAGGCAAGAAUUUUUGAAGUUGGAGCAGGGGAAGAUGACGGUAGCAGAGUAUGAAGCCCUGUUUACAACCUUAUCACGUUUUGCUUUAAAUCUUGUUAGCACGGACGAGGACAAGUGUAGAAUGUUUGAGGAUGGGUUGACUAUAGAACUUCGGCCUUAUGUGGUAAAUCAACAAUUAAACAAUUUUGCGGAUAUGAUCGAAGUGGCAACAAAUUUUGAGCGGGAUUUGGGGUUAUUGAAUGAACAACGGGAGCAGAAUAAGAGAAGAAAAACCGAAUCUACAUCAGGUGGAAAGAACUUUGGCCAACAAUUCACAAAUAAAGGGAGAGGAACUUCUACAUUUCAAAGCCGAGGUGGGAGUCAAUCUCGGGGAUUCCAAUCUGGACAGCGAGCAAAUGCGUCAAAGCAACAAAGUCAGACGGAUUCUACUUUUUCUAGUGGUCGCAGCAAUGCCCUUACAUGUCAUAGGUGUUUUAGAUGUGGGGAUCCGAGACAUUUGGCUCCAAGUUGUCCCAGAACAUCAAAGUCUGCUUCAUCUUCGGGUAGCGUUCAGAUGGGUGGAGUUGGUAGACCUAAAGCACAAGGGAGAAUCUUUGCUAUGAAUCGACAAGAUGCAUUAGCAACUCCAGAUGUUAUCACAGGUAUGCUCACUAUUUCUGGUAAAGAAUCGCGUAUUUUGAUUGAUUUUGGAUCAACACAUUCAUUCAUAGCAUUGUCAUUUACAAAGCAUGUAGACCGACCCCCAAGUCCACUGGAAUAUACUAUGGUCAUUUCCACUCCUAUGGGAGAGACUUUAUUAACUAGAGUUAUAUAUCGGGGCUGUAAAUUUCGAAUGGGAGAUAAGGAGUUGUCAGUUGAUUUGAUGCCAUUGAAUAUCACAGAUUUUGAUAUAAUCCUUGGUAUGGAUUAG